AUCGAUAUUUUCAAAGUCAACAAAACCAAAUGUUACAACUGCUUUCUUCUUCACAAAACUGUAAUUCAAUCACUAAACCUAGAAAAUUUGCAGAGAAUUCAACUGAGAAAUGCCGAGGCAGCGCUGGCGCAAGUCGUUUAAAUCCUUCAUCGAUCCCACUAGCAACGAUCAGCUCAAAGGAGUCAAAACAGAAAUUGAUGGAAAUGUGCAGAAAAUCUUCAAUUUUCUGAAUGACAAAGUUGGUGAUGAAAGGAAGGAGGAGGUGGCAGAUUUGAUUAAGGAUUUCCAGAAGCAGUACGACUCGCUCUACGCUCGUUAUGAUAAUCUGACUGGAGAGUUGAGGGAUAAGUUUCGUCGGAGAAAGAGGGGGAAAGACAGCUCCUCGCCGAGCUCGGAUUCGUCGGAUUCCGAUGAUUCGGCGGCGGGAACAAACGGCGAGAUUGAAGUCGAUGUGGAGGAGAACUCAUCCGCCGUGGAUGAGAAGGAAUCGUUGCAUCAGGAAUGUCAUAGCGCCGUAGAGAGGUUAAACGCCGAAAAUGCGCAGCUGCAAUUGAGGAAUUCUGAGAUGGAGAAAAUGUUGAAGGAGAAGGAGAGUGAGAUUUCCGAUGUGCGGAAGGUGUUUGAGGAAAGUGAGAGUGAGUCAUAUGCGCGGAUUGUGGCAUUGACUGCAGAUGUGAACGAUCUCCGGGAGCAAUUAGGGCAUCUGAGUGAUCAGAAAAGUGAAUCGGAUAGGGUUAUUGAGAAACAGCGUGAAGAAAUUUCGGAGAUCUUAGUUCAGAUGGAGAAAUUGAAAGAGGAAUUAUCUCUGGCUGAGAAUCGGAACACUGAAUUGGGGCAUAGGAUUGUGGAGCAUGAGAGAGAAAUGGAAGAACAGAGAGAUGAAGUCCUGAGGUUGAGAGAGGAAAACAAGCAAUUGGAAGUCCGGUUUAGGGAUUGCCAUGAGAAACUCAUCAAAUCAGAGAAGAAAACAGAGGAGAUCUCUGAUCAGUUCCGUGAAAGCAUGGCUGCGAAGAAUCAGGACAUCGAUCAGCUCGAAGAAACCAUAGAAGACCUAAAAUCCGAGCUAGAGAUCAAGGAGGAUGAGCUUAGUUCUCUGUUAGAGAAUAUGAGAGCCACCGAGGUUAAGCAGCGGCUGUCGGAUCAGAAGCUCCGGAUCACGGAGCAGGUGCUGAGCGAGCAGGAGGAGGCCCAGCAGAACAGAGUUGAGAAGUUGAUGGAAGAGCAGAAGUUGCUCGAAGAGAGGAUUGCUUCAUUAUCCGGGCUAGUUUCUAUCUACAACGAAGCUCGACUGAAUUUGUUUGCAGAAAUCUCUGAGAAGACGAAUGAGACCUUGAAUGGGAUUGACACAUUCUGUGUGAAGUUUGAGGAGGACUGCAGCCACUUGGAGUCGCGGGUUUUUGAAAUCGGGAAUGAGCUCAAAGCUGUGCUGAACUUGAUUAUUGGGAGCAAUGCUGAAAAGGAUGAGAUGAAGAAGGAGAUUGGGAGUUUAGUUCAGCAAGUGCAGGUGUUGACGGAGAGAGUUAAGGAGGUGGAGAUGAUACUGCUGAAUAACGAGGGGGAGAGGAAACGCCUAACUGAGAUGGCGAGGCAGCACGAGGAGAAGGCGAAGGAGAUGAAGACGAUGAUAGAAGAGAGGGACGAGAAGGUGGGAGAGUUGGAGAGGAAGAUGAAUGAGAAGGAUAGUGGUAUGUUGAGACUGAGUGAGGAGAAGAGAGAGGCCAUAAGACAGUUGUGCAUUUGGAUCGAUUUUCACCAUGGUCGGUACGAAGAUCUCAAAGACAUGAUCUUGAAGAAGAGGGGUGGAACAAGGCAGAUUGCUGCUUGAUAUUUGUUCCAAAGAAUGUUGGUGUGAUUUGUUUGUAAGUUUUCUUCUUUUUUAUCUGUUUCUGAUUUUCUGGUAAAUGCUUAUUUUCUGCAAAGAUUUGAUUGUUUGGAUGAUGCAUUGUGUUGUUUAUUACAAGUACAUGGUGUAUAGGAAAACAUUAUGGUACUACUUUUAGUUAGUUUGGUAAGUGCUUAGUGUUUCCUUAAUGCAGCAAUUGUUUGAUUGUGAAAUUGCUAGUGGAAUUUUGUGUAGCAAUAUAUUUCUGUCUUGGAUGCAACUUAUUGAGGAUGUUCUUUCUUUUCUUUUUCA